CGUCAUCCCUUUAGGUUCUGAACCUAGGGGGACAAGGUCGUGAAAAAAGGACUUGGUGGGAUAGCGCCAUUUCUUCUUUCGGCUUCUGCGCCUUUCCCAGGGCUUCCAACAGCAAAAUGUUGGGACAGAGCAUUCGGAGGUUCACAACCUCUGUGGUCCGCAGGAGCCACUAUGAGGAGGGCCCAGGGAAGAAUUUGCCAUUUUCAGUGGAGAACAAGUGGCGCUUACUAGCCAUGAUGACUUUGUACUUUGGAUCUGGAUUUGCUGCCCCUUUCUUUAUAGUAAGACACCAACUGCUUAAAAAAUGAGGAUGUUUUAGUUAAUCCAUGAAACAGAUAUGAAGAGGAGCAUUUUAAGAGGUGCAGUUGCUUUGAAAAAUGGAUCAAACUGUUUAACUCAACAUACUAGAUGUGUUUGUAAAUAAACUUAUGGCAUGAGUCCUUAA